AUGGCAGAGGCCACCCUCCACAACGUGCCAAUUGUCAUCGACAAUGGCAGCGGCACAAUCCGAGCAGGAUUCGCAGGCGAAGAAAUCCCCUCAUGUUACUUUCCCUCAUUCGUCGGCCGGCCCAAACACCCACGGGUGAUGGCCGGUGGUCUGGAAGGAGACUCGUUCAUCGGUUCACGCGCACAAGAACUCCGCGGCCUCUUGAAGAUCCGGUAUCCACUGGAACACGGCAUUGUCACAAAUUGGGAGGACAUGGAAUCUAUCUGGCACUACGUCUACGAGAACGAACUCAAGACCCUCCCCGAAGAACACCCAGUCCUCCUCACGGAGCCGCCGCUGAACCCACGCGCCAACCGUGAUAUCGCUGCCCAGCUGAUGUUUGAGGCUUUUAAUGUGCCGGCCUUGUAUAUGUCUAUUCAGGCUGUAUUGUCGCUCUACGCGUCCGGUCGUACCACCGGUGUGGUUUUGGACUCUGGAGAUGGUGUUUCCCAUGCCGUUCCUGUCUUCGAGGGUUUCGCUAUCCCAAACAGUAUUCGGAGAAUUGAUGUCGCUGGUCGUGAUGUUACAGAACAGAUGCAGUUGCUGCUGCGAAAGGCUGGUCAUGUCUUGCACACUAGUGCCGAGAAGGAGGUUGUACGCAUGAUCAAGGAGAAGGUCUGCUAUGUGUCGUUGGACCCGAAGCGGGAAGAGAAGGAGUGGAUGAACAGCUACCACAAGUCCGAUGCGAAGGCAGUCGACUAUACUCUGCCGGAUGGACACAAGAUCAAGAUCGGCCAAGAACGCUAUCGCGCACCCGAAAUCCUGUUCGACCCUGAACUUAUUGGUCUUGAGUAUCCCGGUGUGCACCAGAUUGUCCAGGACGCCAUCACUCGCACAGAUCUCGACCUGCGCAAGUCGCUAUACCUCAACAUUGUUCUUUCUGGUGGUUCAACAUUGUGCAAGAACUUCCCUGAUCGAUUGAUGCGUGAGAUCAAGAGAUUGGCAGUUGAAGACAUGAAGAUCCGGAUCUCCGCGCCAGCAGAGCGCAAGUAUACCACGUGGAUUGGUGGUAGCAUUCUUGCCGGGCUAAGCACGUUUAGAAAGAUGUGGGUCAGCGCAGACGAAUGGCACGAGGACCCCGAAGUCAUCUUCAAGCGAUUCGCAUAA